UCGGAGGCGGCCGGCUGGGCGUGCGCUCGCUACCCGCAGCCGGGGCUGGGCCAGAGCCAGGCGAGGGCUGGGGCUGGGGCUGGGGCUGGGGCUGGGGCCGGGACCGGGCCAGGUUCAGUGGGCGAGGGGCAGCGGCCGCAGCAGGGCAGCCAGGCCGCACCGGGCAGGGGACGGCGGGCGCGGGGUCUGCGGUUUCCUGAGCCCCAAUGUGAGCCGGUGGCGCCCCCGGCCCGAGCGCGCACCAUGGGGGCCCCGCUCGCCGUGGCGCUGGGCGCCCUCCACUACCUGGCACUUUUCCUGCAACUCGGCGGCGCCACGCGGCCCGCCGGCCACGCGCCCUGGGACAACCACAUCUCCGGCCACGCCCUGUUCACAGAGACGCCCCACGACAUGACGGCGCGGACGGGCGAGGACGUGGAGAUGGCCUGCUCCUUCCGUGGCAGCGGCUCCCCCUCCUACUCGCUGGAGAUCCAGUGGUGGUACGUGCGGAGCCACAGGGACUGGACGGACAAGCAGGCGUGGGCCUCAAACCAGCUAAAAGCAUCUCAGCAGGAAGACGCAGGGAAGGACGCCACCAAAAUAAGUGUGGUCAAGGUGGUGGGCAGCAACAUCUCCCACAAGCUGCGCCUGUCGCGGGUGAAGCCCACGGACGAAGGCACCUAUGAGUGCCGUGUCAUCGACUUCAGCGACGGCAAAGCCCGGCACCACAAGGUCAAGGCUUACCUGCGGGUGCAGCCGGGAGAGAACUCCGUUCUGCACCUGCCCGAGGCCCCGCCCGCCGCGCCCGCCCCACCGCCCCCCAAGCCCGGCAAGGAGCUGCGGAAGCGCUCGGUGGACGAGGAGGCCUGCAGCCUCUAGACUGAUGCCACCCUGCCACCAGCCCGCCCCGCGCCCCUACGGCUGUACCGAGUGCAUGAGGAGCCGCUGGACCGCUGGGGACGGGGCUGCCUGGGUCCAGCUGCCUCCCCAUCCCCGAGACCGCCCGUGGCCCCCACGCCGGCCCUGCGCCCACCACCCCUUGGCUCAGCAUGUAAGCCCCGCCCAACCCUUCCCCUUUAGACCCUCGCGGUGACCUGGCUCGGAGAAGGUGGUCCGGGGCACCAAGGGGACAACCGCCCCGAACGCUGGGGUGGGGCAUUGUGCCGGGGCCAGGCUGCCCCCUUUCUGUCACCAGCUUCAGUAGAGUCCAGUGUUUCGCUUUGCUUGCUUGUCCCCCAUCCUGUCCCAAGCCGGGGCCUCCCAGCCUUACUCUGCCUCCUACCUACCCUCCCCUGCUUGGACCUGGGGGGUGUGGACAGUGACUCCUCCCCAGAUUUGGACUUGAAUCUUCUGAGCAGAAUUAGGGCCUGUCCUCUGGUGAAGAACUGAGGCACCGAGGCCCCAGGAGAGCCGUUGGCAGGGUCGCUCACAGGGGCCCUGGGAGGAGAGGGAGACCCCCCCACUGCUCCUGGGCCCUUCAUGUUCCACUCCUUACACUGAGACGGCCCCUGUCCCACCCACGGGGAGGCAGGCGACCAGGAAUCUGCCGCUUCACGUGGCAAGUCGGAAGGAGGGCCUUUCCCCUCUGACCCCACAGCCCCAGUCAGUUUCGCACCAGCAGGACCCCUUCCAGGGUCUUCGAGGCUCUCCUAGGAUCCCCCCUCUGCCAGCUCCUAACGUCCCAGCCCCCUCCCAGGACCCAAGCCAAACCCACCCAAGGGCCUGGGGCUGUUGGGAGCCAAGGGCCCCCCAAUCCAAUCCCCUCAUAAUUCCUGAUCGGGGGGCACCCACCUCCUGGCGAUUUGUAAAUAUUUCUAUUGGCCCAGCACCCCCUCAGAACUGGCUCAAAUCUCUGGCCACCCCUCAGCGAUGGAGUUGGGGGAUAUGGGAGAGGCUGAGGGCUUUGCCUAGGGGUGUGUGGGUAACCCUGAACACAUGAUCCAAUCCGUGACUACCAGCCAACCUGAAUAAAGCGGUUUAAAAAAAACCUCCAGGCAGUGUCU